AUGUAUGCUCAACUGGGAGCCCCAAAAUUGAUUGACUCUUGUACUAGAGCAUGUAUCAAGAACAUUCGGAGUCUUACCGAUAUUGGUGAUUUCGAAUACCGGCAAAUCAAAAAUAUCCUCGACCGCAUCGACUCACCCGAACAAUUGCAUCAAAUCGAGAUCAACUCUCCUCAAAUCCGAGGUGAAGAUGCCGAGUUGUGGCAGAAAUUCAUAGCGCGGGACAUACCUAAUUGGAAACAAAAGAAUUGGGCCCCCAAAAACCCUACGAAAUGGUAUGAAGUUUACGUCAAGUAUAAAAAGGACCAGGCUCAGGAAAUCGCUCGGGAUGAGGAGAUCCUGAGGAAUGCGAUGAUGGGAUUGAAGAAACACAAGGCUGGAAAUGUUAGCCAGAUCGUGUCUAUCCGAGAUAGAACCCUACCAAAACUGCCGCGAGACCCUAGGAUGAUCGCGAACAAUGGCGGUGUUCCAUUGAAGGGGAAGAGUAAGAACGGACCAACCUUGGCCAAAGCUCCCCCUUCGAGUUUGAAUUGGACGGCGGGAAGUAAGACAAAGAUGUCCGACCCCAAAGGUGUCCUCGCAAGAGCAAGACGGGAAGCCGCUCAAAUCGCUCAAAUGGGGAAGCUCGCCACGCCAACACAUCAACUCGGACAAAGGAAGAAUCAAAUCAGACAAGCACCAGCUGGUAUGGCGAAUGAAUACAGAUUAGCCGCGCAACCAGCUCUCAAAAUUCUGUCCGGCAAAAGAAAGACCACAGGCUCGUAUAGUGGAGGAGUCGCUGGUCCCUCUUUAGAAGAGCGAGAAGCGAAACUUCGUGCUCUAACUGGUCAUGCUGGGGCUACAGCCAAUUAUGUCGGUUCAUCUGAUGACGACGACGACGAUAUAUUAGCUGGUGGCUAUGAAUACGAUCAAGACGAAGAGGAAGAAGAUGGCGAUGAUCUCUUCGACGAGAAACCGGAACGGUCGUCUCAAGGUUCUUCGCAAGCAAGUCGAUCGACACCGAACAAAUCUCAAUCUCGUUCUAUAGGGAGCGCCUUGUCACCAGCUUCAGGCAGCUCAACCAGGACUUCAAGUCCGGCACCGCUGAAACCGAUGAUGCCGAGGAAAAGACCUCCUGUUGAUGUUUUCAAUAGAGGGGCUAAGAAGGUGAAGAGGUAG